GUACUUGUAACACUCAUAUCUCUCGCAGCUCACCAAUCACUCCUAAACCCAUUAUCAAGCAUAUAUAAUUCCCUGUGAAUAUAUAUGCUUGGAAAUUAAUGCCACGUAAUAUAAUCUCAACUUAAUUAGCAUAUACUUAUAUAUCGAUUGAACAAGAAGUAUUUCCGAAAUAAUGGAUAGAAAGGAUUAUCCCAUGGAGCCAGAACUCGAGGAGAUGAAGGAAAAGCCCUACAAGAGUAAAGUCCUGUACUUGAGGUACACAGGAGCCAUGAAAGCUGAACUAUUGAAGGUUCUGGAACGCCUGGUUCCUGGAGGGAUCAAAACUGAUAAGCUCAAGAGUUUUAUCAAUGGGAGCAUCAAAGCCAAGAAGUUAGAGGGUUUUGUCAUUGGUCGAGCCAGACUGGAGCGGUUGAAGCUUUGGGCAGCGAGGGUCACGACGGUGCUGCUACUGUGGGCUAUUACCGUGCAGCUCAAGGCUCUGGGCGAGACCUUGUUGCCAAGGAUAUCUCAGAGCUCUCUUCCACCUGAAAGGGUUUAUGAGAAUAAUGGAUAUCUGAUGGUUUCAUCCAAUGGAGGACUAAAUCAAAUGCGAUCUGGUAUAAGUGACAUGGUGGCUAUUGCGAGAUAUAUGAAUGUCACGCUUAUAGUUCCUGAAAUGGAUAAUACUUCCUUCUGGAAUGACCAGAGCCAAUUCAAAGACAUAUUCGACGUAGAUUAUUUCAUUGCAUCGUUGAGAGACGAAGUUCGAAUUUUGAAAGAAUUGCCUCCUGAGCAGAAGAAAAAAGUGGAAUUAGAAUCCCUUUAUUCCAUGCCUCCCAUCAGCUGGUCUAACAUGACUUACUACUAUAACACGAUCAUUCCUCGGUUUAAAACAUACGAAGUUGUGCACUUCACCAAAACUGAUGCUAGGCUUGCUAACAAUGGGAUUCCUGAAGAGGUUCAGAAGCUUCGGUGCCGUGCAAACUACCAAGCUCUGAGAUUUGCUCCUCCGAUUGAGGAAUUGGGCGGGAAAAUCGUCCGAAUUCUCAUGGAAAGAGGCCCUUUCUUGGUCCUUCAUCUGAGAUACGAAAUGGACAUGGUGGCCUUCUCUGGUUGUACUGAAGGUUGCAACGAAGAAGAGAUUGAAGAAACCACCAAAAUGAGAUAUGAAUACCCGUGGUGGAAAGAGAAGGAAAUAGAUUCUGAUAAGAAAAGGAAAGCCGGUUUAUGCCCUCUAACCCCAGAAGAAACUGCCCUAGCAUUGAGGGCACUGGACAUUGAUCCAAAUAUCCAAGUGUAUAUUGCUGCUGGAGAUAUUUACAAGGCAGAGAGGAGAAUGGCACCUCUCAAAGAAGCUUUUCCAAACUUGGUGAGAAAGGAGACAUUGGCGGAAGCAUCGGAUCUACUGCCCUUCCAAAGCCAUUCAAACCAGAUGGCAGCACUGGAUUAUUACGUGUCAAUAAAGAGUGACAUUUUUGUCCCAACAUAUGGAGGCAACAUGGCCAAAGUAGUGGAAGGGCAUAGAAGGUAUUUGGGAUUCAAGAAGACCAUUCUUCUGGACAGAAAAGUUCUGGUUGAUCUGGUAGAUCUGUACAACAAUGGAAGUGUGAGCUGGAAUGAAUUCUCAUUUGGAGUGAAGGCUGCUCAUGCAGACCGCAUGGGAAACCCUACUACAAGACUGGAGGUGCCGGGAAAACCAAAGCUAGAAGAUUACUUCUAUACAAACCCACAGGAAUGUUUGGCACCUAUUGAUGAUGAAGAUAGCAACAACGAAGAUUAAUUAUUACUAAUUAUAUUAUGUUGUGAUUAAAUGUAUGAACAAAUAUUUUUUUUAAUUAAUAAUGACCUUUUAUUAGGGGAUUUUUUCUGUUGAUAUCAGUCUUAUCAAUUCAUGUAUUAAAUUGAAGUUAUCACUGUUUCCUGCAAAAUUGGGAAAGAAGGGAAUCAAAGUGUAAGAUAAUAUUCAUGCAAAGCAAAGCAUGUUCAUUUGAAUAUU